UUAAUCACACAUCCAUGUUAUGGUAGAAAAGGGAGAUAUAAUUGCGUUACAUUGUGGAUAUUGGAUCAGUCCGUAGGAAUACUCGCUUCACAAUGAAGUUCUACAAUCAUGCUCUGGUCGCAUUAUUGGCUGUUUUAUUCUCUGGAGUAGAUUCAAACCUCGAAGUAAUCACGAACCCCAAUGCUACAGCUUACAGGGGUGGCAAUAUUACCCUUCCGUGCCGGUUCAGUGGGGUACCAGAGGCCGUCUACUGGCACAAACACAACCGGACAGGUGCCCCCGACGACCAGGCGACGCUCGUGGUGAGUAAAGUAAAGGAUCAGGACGUGUACCAGCCUGUUGACCCGAGGUACGAUAUUACCACGGAUCAUUCCCUGGUGAUAUCAGAUGUUCAGAUUGAGGAUGAGACGACGUAUUCUUGUGAGGUCUCUGUGCCUAAUGCUCCUACAGGAAAGAACUAUACAGCUCUGACGGUUAUAGCCCUCGCGAAAAAACUGUACCCAGUCGUGCGCGGCUGCAUGGUGACCGAGCGUGCCAAGCCUGGGAAGUGCGUUUAUGAAGUGAGGGCCGACACUGAAAACUUCGUUUUGAUGUGCAGGGUGGAGCAGGUCAAACCGGUCGUUUCUCUCUCCUGGACUAAUCAAUAUAAUGAUGAGAGGACAAUAAAUAGACUAGUCACAGGUCCUGAUGAGGAUGGACUUUUUAACGCUACCAGCGAACUCAGGGUAUCCAGAACAGAGAUUGAGAAUGGAGAUUCCUUUGUUUGCAAAGCCACUGGUGAGAGUGUCAAGGGGACGUCAGCAUUGGUGGUGACUGUUAAAUAUCCAUCAGGUCUUUCAAGUGGAGGGAAAGCUGGGAUUGCCAUAUUUGUUCUCAUCGUCAUAGCCGUUAUCGGCAUCGGCAUCGGCUUUUUUCUUUGGAGAAGAAAGAAGGAGCAGGAGAAGAAGGAGGCGAAGCGGGAGGCGGAAAUGAAGGAUCCUGAAAUGGAGCCUCUGUCACCAUUACAAUCUAAAUUCGAAGUUUUAGCCGAGAAAAUCAAAAACUACAAACCGGGGUCCUUUUCUAGGCUGGAAAAAAAGAAAGGCCGCAUUUGGCCGGAGGUAACCCGAUUGGGUGUGUUCGGCGUGACGAAUGCUGGGAAGUCCUCUCUCGUACGAUCCCUCAAUUUUUCUCUCACAGGUGAAUUCAUCGACGUCGAAGUGGCCACAUCUGAGUCCAUAGGGGGCCUAACCACCAUCCCAAAGCCGUUUUGCCUCACCGACCAUCUCACCGUAGUUGAUAACCGGGGACUGAAGGAUCUAGAUGUCUCCGGCAUCAACGGCAUUAUGGACCAGAUUCGUGAGUACUAAUUUUGUUCGCUAGGGACUUUCGUAGUUAUGAACUUCAAAGCAGUAAUGUUCGUGCAUCGUGAAUACAUAACCAAGGGACAGUAAGCAGCUAACGUGCGGAUAAACAUUACUGCAUAACGUCCUCAAACAACGACCAACCAAAGCCCCGUCUUAAUAGAACUUUUUCGAUCUCACCCGAGCGAUAUGUGGAUGAGAAACAGUGGGGGGUCUGAUCGUAAAACACGUG